GGCGCUGCGUCAUACGUCACUGCGCCAAUCUCGCGUGAUGAGACUUGCGGUGGCGGGACUUUCUGUAAAACAGGAGCUCAGAGUUGUGUGCAGUUGUCAGUUUCGCGGGAGCUUUUCUUAAUCAGGAAUCUUAUAACCAGAUAUCAACAAAAAAAAUGCAACGAACAAUCAAGUCCUUUUUUCAGCCCAAACUUGGGGCUGAAGUAAAGAAAAAGGAAGAGAAUGUGAAGCAUGAUGAUACUAAAAAAGAAAAGGUCGAAGAGCCAGAGAAAAGUGUUAAUACUGAACGUCCUCUAAAAGAGAGAAAUGGCAGUGCUUUGUGUGAUGAUGCCGAAUCACCCGUCAAAAAAGUUUCAAAGAAGUCUGCACGUGUGUUGGAAAGUGAUAGUGAAGAGGAAGAGGAAAACUCAAAGGUACAAGCGACUCCUGAAAAAAUGAACAAUGAUAGUGUACCAAAGAAUGAUGCAGUUGAAGAAACUCCUCAGAGAGCACAUAAGGAAACAAAAGUUGAAGGAACUUCAGAGAUGAACACUUCACAAGAUUUUACUUCUCCUUGCAGCAGCAAAUCUAUUGACAGCCCUUUAUGUUCAGAUUCUCCUGGCAUAUCUCCAUCUGGUAUCCCCAAAAGAAAGACAGCCCGGAAACAACUACCAAAACGUAAGCUGGAAAAUUCUCCCAGUGAAUCAAAUCCACCCACAGAGGAUGUAAAAGUUCAAGGAGCAGUGAAGCGCCAAAGGAAAGAGGCAGAGGGAAAUGUUCAACAAGAAGAACCCAUGGAGACAGGUCACAAUAUCUCCAUGGAAGAGGAAUGCUCCAUAAAGAAAGAGGCAAAUGCUGAAGUGGUUCAAGAAGAAAAAUCCAAAGUGGAUGAUCAGAAUGUGGAACUUUUAGACCAAAAGGAUGAUGUUUCAGGAAGAGAACAAUCUGAGCCUAAAGAUAAAGAACUGCAGCCUAAAUCUACCAGUCCUAAUUCCAAGCCAAAAACGCCAAAGGCAAAGUCAGGAAAGAAACACAGUCCAUUGCAAAAGAAAGUGAAAUUUAGCGAUAAGGUAUCUUCAAAAGAUGACAGUGAAGGAAAAAGUAGCGAGGAAAAAAGUGAUGAGGAGCCCGAGAAGAAAGCAGAUCCUGCUAAACCCGUGAAACAAAUAAGCAGCUUCUUUGCCCCAAAGAAACCUGCAAUAAAGACAGAAAAAAAAGAGGAAAUUAUGAAUGAAAAGAAUGCAAGUGAGACCUCUUUGGAAGCAUCCCCCAAACCUAAAAAGACAGUUAGCAGUUUCUUUGGAGCAAUAAAGCCAGAACCAUCAGAAGACCAGGCAGUGUAUAACCCAUCCAAGAGUAGUUAUCACCCCAUAAAUGAUGCUUGCUGGUCUAAUGGACAGAAGGUGCCAUACCUUGCUGUUGCACGAACCUUUGAGAGGAUAGAAGAGGAAUCUGCACGACUUAAGAACAUAGAGACUCUCAGUAAUUUUCUGCGCUCCGUCAUUGCUCUCACUCCUGGGGACCUCUUGCCUUGCAUCUAUCUUUGUCUGAACCGCUUGGGACCUGCCUAUGAAGGACUGGAGCUCGGCAUAGGAGAAACUAUAUUGAUGAAAGCAGUUGCCCAGGCUACAGGACGCCAGCUUGAGAAAAUAAAGUCUGAGGCACAAGAGAAAGGAGACCUUGGCCUGGUUGCUGAAAGUAGUCGUAGCAACCAGCGCACUAUGUUUACACCCCCAAAGCUCAUGGCAUCAGGUGUUUUUAGCAAGCUGAAAGAUAUAGCCAGGAUGACUGGCAAUGCUUCUAUGAAUAAAAAAAUUGAUAUUAUUAAAGGACUGUUUGUAGCCUGCAGGCAUUCUGAGGCGCGUUAUAUUGCCAGAUCUCUUGGAGGAAAACUUCGGAUUGGUCUGGCAGAGCAGUCAGUGUUAUCAGCAAUUGCUCAGGCAGUGUGCCUGACUCCUCCUGGGCACGAUGCCCCUCCUACUGUGAUGGAUGCUGGAAAGGGAAUGAGUACAGAUGCCAGAAAAUCCUGGAUAGAAGACAAAGCAAUGAUCUUGAAACAAACUUUUUGUGAGUUGCCGAACUAUGAUGCCAUAAUUCCUAUCCUUUUGGAACAUGGUAUUGAUGACCUCCCAAAACACUGCCGACUUACUCCAGGGAUCCCUUUGAAACCAAUGUUGGCGCAUCCAACCAAGGGUAUUGGGGAAGUGCUAAAGCGAUUUGAUGAAGCUGCCUUUACGUGUGAAUACAAGUAUGAUGGGGAGCGUGCACAGAUACAUAUUCUGGAAAAUGGGGAGGUACAUAUAUAUAGCAGAAACCAAGAAAACAACACCACUAAAUACCCUGACAUCAUCAGCAGAAUUCCCAAGAUUAAAAAAGAAAGCGUCAAAUCCUGUAUCCUCGAUACAGAGGCUGUAGCCUGGGACCCAGAAAAGAAGCAAAUUCAGCCGUUUCAAGUACUGACUACUAGAAAGAGAAAGGAUGUGGAUGCAUCAGAGAUUAAAGUGCAAGUUUGUGUGUAUGCCUUUGACAUGCUUUACCUUAAUGGAGAGUCCCUAGUGAAAGAGCCAUUUGCUAAGCGACGACAGCUCUUGAGGGAUUCGUUCCUGGAGACAGAAGGGGAGUUUAUGUUUGCUACCUAUAUGGAUACAUCAAAUACAGAUGAAAUUUCUGAGUUUCUUGAUCAGUCUAUUAAAGAUUCAUGUGAAGGACUUAUGGUGAAGACACUGGAGCAAGAUGCUACAUAUGAAAUUGCAAAGCGAUCUCACAAUUGGUUAAAACUAAAGAAGGAUUACCUGGAAGGUGUGGGUGAUACACUGGAUCUGGUUGUUAUUGGAGCUUACCUAGGAAAAGGAAAAAGAACGGGUAUUUAUGGAGGCUUCCUGCUUGCGUCAUAUGAUGAGGAAAGUGAAGAAUAUCAGACCAUCUGCAAGAUUGGAACAGGUUUUACUGAUGAAGACUUAGAAAAGCAUUACAACUACCUGAAGGAUCAUGUUAUUGACAGCCCACGGAGCUACUACCGGUGGGACAGCGCCACAGAGCCGGAUCACUGGUUUGAUCCUGUACAAGUCUGGGAAGUGAAAUGUGCUGAUCUGUCCAUUUCUCCAGUACAUAAGGCAGCUCUUGGAUUGGUGGAGGACGAGAAGGGAAUUUCCCUGCGAUUUCCUCGCUUCCUUCGGAUCAGAGACGAUAAGAAACCAGAGGAGGCCACAAACAGUUUUCAGGUAGCAGAUCUUUAUAGAAAGCAGCAACAAAUCCAAAACACAACUACAACAGAGAAGGGAGAAGAGGAUUUCUACUAGAAUUACACCACCUUAUCCCCAGCUUUUUUUAUCUCUCCAAUGUGAUUUCCAUAUUGAACAAUGAUGAAUUGAAGUCCAUGAACUUGAUGAAAUUGAAAGCAGCCAGCUGUAAGAUUGCUUAAGCUAUCCUAUAGCUUUUCAGCAGUUCUUUGACACAUUUCCAGGAAACCCCUCUUUCCGAUUGUCUCUACUGUACAUUUCUAUGUUGACCCGAGAAGCAAAAAUUGUCACCUAACCCACCUAUCGUGUCUCAUUGGAAUGGUUGUGAAGACAAAAUGGAAUUGGCCCUUUUAUUACUACAUUGUUGAUGUCUUUUAUUUUGUAAAAGCUGUGUGAGCUAGAAAUAUAGAAUACUUGAUAAGCAAUGUUAGUCUGUACAAUAUUGUGAUAUUAAAAGGCCAUAAUAAAAUAAAUACUAACGUUAAGGAUAUAUAUAUACAUUAAGCAGUAUAGACUUGUACAUACUAGAAAGUUCACUGCAAAGUAUUCCUACACGUAUUUGAUUGCUUAUGUACUGUCUCGGUAUCAGGAAUGCUCCAAUCCAGAAUUGGCAGCCCACAGCUGACUCCUAAAUCUUGGAAGCUGCAUGGGAACCCCAUUCCUUCUGACCCAGAAAUGAAUGAAAGAGACAGCGUUAUUCUCAAAGCAAUGUUAAUGUAAACACAUGUAUUGUGGGGAAGCCACCUUAUUUGACCAUUUCUAGAUCACAAGGAUUUUGAACAAGGGGCCCCAUUUACUGUGCAUAGGUACCAAUUAAUAUUUCUUUAAACCAAUGAAUGUGCUUUUUUGCCUUCAGUGCUUAUGUUUGGUAUAUAAGUAAAAUAUGAAUAUGAAAUGUUUGUGUCCUGAAAGAAAACUUUACUUUGCAUUGUUAUUAUUUUUUACACUGUUUCAGAACUAGUUUAUUUUUUGUAGCAGACCAGCACUUAUCUGUGUUUAUUUAGCAAUGCUCUUUUUUUUAUCAUUACAAAUAUGCCCAAUAUGUGUGUGUUUUUUUGUGUACAAAUCAUGUUUCUAAAACGUCCAUCCUACAUUAUAAAAGAGCAAUAAGGGUCAGUGCAACAGGUGUGCAAUAAACAAGGCUUUUGUUAAAA